AUGUCUUCCACAUCAUCAUCACCAUCCCCUUACCAGCCUUUUGUCCGGGGUGGCCAUACCGACCAACCCGAUAAGCUGCCUUCAAUGUUCAUGUCUUCAACGGUGCCCGUGGUCCAUGAGAACACUAUCAUCCUCGGGGCCACACACCCUACCCUCUCCACCGCCAACCCGAAAGACGAUGGUUGGUUCAUUUCGGAUUUCUACGCUUUCAACUAUUUGUUCGAAGGACUCGGGAUGCAGCAAACUUGGUUGACCGCUGUGGAACCCGCCAAGCUCGUCAAGGAGUACGGGUCGUUCCUACAUGGAAACCCCUAUGAGGAACGAAAGAUAUGCCUGAGCCAAGAGCUCUUGGACAGCGAUGAACUCUCGCCUGUGACUGUGGUUAGCCCGGCGAGAAUGAUUGACCAAUUUCUGAUAGAAGCGAGAAGGGCUUCCGAGCUGGCCAAGAGAACGUCAGCCCCCCUUCUCCUUCUUAUCUUCUGUCACGGUCUCCCAAACUUUCAUUUGCUUUUAAACAACGGGGAUACGCAGAGGGGUCUGAGCAUGGUGAGACUCCAAGCCAGCCAACGCUCUCUCCUCGCCCAUCGAGGCCCAGCGCUUUUUCUGUAG